AUGCUCAGGAAGAGGUGUGGCUGGGCAAUAUAAAAACUGAGGGGUGCCUCUCACUCGGAAUCCGGUCACGUUUCAGAAGCUGGGUCUGUAUUUUGUGUGUGUGUGUGUGUCUUUUAAUUCGCUGUGCAGCUUUGGGAGGAAGCAUGUGCCUGGCCAGACCUUGUGCUGCAGUUCAGGGUCACACCCCCGCCGGAGCUCCAGGGGGAAAAGCCCGACCGCUGGUGUUCACCUUCGAGCCCAUCCCGGAGCGAGGGUCUCAGCUACGGCCGCCGAGGAGACGGGCUGCUCGCGUUCUCUACCCACCGCACCAGGUCAGGAAGCCAGUUGUUCCCAGACCCGACGCCGCCAAAAGGCUGUUCCUGUUCUUCAUCUCGGUCGUCCUUUUCCAGGUCUACACUGCGACCGAAGACGAGGGGCCGGUCCUCCCGGUGACCGAGCCUUGGACCUCCACGGUCUGCCCGGCUCUCCCUCCCGCCUUCCACGCCGCCUCCCCUCGGGCAGGGAAGGCGGCCGCUGCUCCUGCUGCCAGCCCGCGGCUCGGGCCAGCCCUCAGCACGGUCUCUCCUCGGGGGGCUUACCCAGUGACUCUCAUGGUCGUGUACACCACCUCCGGUUACUCACGCAAGUGAAGCGACAACAAGAAGUUGGGGGGAAGGGGAGAGGGGUACUGCGGGAGGAGAGCAGCAGUCUCCAAGCUAACACCGAGUCCCACAGAGAUAUCUGGCAGGGUUUGGACCACCCCGUUUGAAAGAGAGUUUGGGACUGGGCUCCGACGUCCGAUUUCUCCAGAGGCUGAUGUUACAUACCGAACGGUUCAGUUUAUUUCCACGAAUUGCAACCUUUUUUCCCCCCUUAAUUUAUUGUUUAAUUCUAAUUAUUUCAUAUACCUUGCAUGUUAUUUAUUUAUUACGAACAUUGCCGUAUUUAUAAAGGUUAUUUUGACACAUCCAGUGAACUGUAUUCACAGAUCUUUUCUGAGUGGUCUCCCCAGUUAACUUGAAGCUAGACAUGAACUUUGUACCAAAGUUUGUGAUUGUAGAUAGAUCAUGCCCUGAGGCGUCUGCUUCUAUUUUUCUAUCGGACAGUAUGUUCUAUGAACAUUGUGACUCAGUAUUGAAAUAAAAGGCAUA